CCUCUCCGCGGUUAACUGUCAAGGUUACGUUCAGGUUCAGGUUGUCGCAAACCUCGGCAGUCGGAAAGACAAGAAAAUUGCCGAGGAUGAACUUAUUUGUUCGUCCGAAUAUGCGGUUCGCCCGUUUCUGCAAGCAGUUUGCAACGGAGGCGACCCAGAAGGAAAAAUGGGACCUUUUCAGCGCCGUGAGCCUAGAAAGGCUGCCAGUCAUAUCAAGAGAAUUGACCGAUAUGGAAAAGAAAGUCGCCGGGAUCCUCUCAGAAAUUGAGUUCGAGAAUAGCCACUUAUCAGAUUUCGAGAAAAGGAUCGAAGAAGAAAAUAAAAGGGCACAGAUGAAGGACCUGUCAGCGAUGAAUGUCGAUGAAAUCCCCAAACAGACCACACACGACUUCAUCGAUGCGUGCCAGAGUGAACUCAAGCAAUUCCAGUUUGCGGAGGGGGUCAGAAAAGGAGACUCCAAAUCCACCGACAGGGAACUCGACAGGAGGCUGCUCCUCCUAAUUGAAGACGACAUCGGAGCCAAAAAGCAUUGGGUCCUGCCCCAAGGGAAAUUCUCUCAGGGUGAAACGUCCCUCCGCGAGACUGCGGAAAGGGUGGUCAAAGAAAAGCUCGGAAAUUCCAUGGUGGUGAAGUUUCUCGGCAAUGCGCCUUCGGGUUUCUACAAGUACAAGUAUCCUAAGUCCGUGUCCAACAGAGUUGUCGGAGCCAAAAUAUUCUUCUUCAAGGCACAACUAGUCAGCGGAAACGUCGAUGAGAAAAUAUGCAAAAGUUAUCAAUGGGCGACUAGGAAUCAAAUGGAUAAACUACAAGAUGAUUAUAAGAACAAAGUUGAUAUGUUUCUUAUUGAUGAAGAACAUUGAUAAUUGUAUAAUUUUCUAGUUUUAAAAUAUAGGGAUUUUUACAUUGUAA